ACCAUGAUUGCGAAUGGGCAACUAUCAAAGUGGCGCCAACCUUCGCUGGCAAGUUUCCUUCUUGUGGGAUUAGGACUUUGUCAAGGCUUUAAGUUCGCCUUUGCCCAUCCCGAAGGUCGCGUUGUGGGUGGUACAGCGGCGGCGGUCAAUAGUGCUCCGUAUAUAGUGUCAAUGCAGUACGGUGGAACCCAUUACUGCGCAGCCAACAUCCUGAAUACCAACUGGUUGGUCACAGCAGCUCAUUGUUUGGCCAACAGGAAUCUAGUCCUUGGAAGUACCCUUGUGGCGGGCAGCAUUGCUGUAAUCGGAACAGCAAGCACUACCCAAAAGAGAACGAUUACCUAUUUCGUGAUCAAUGACCUGUACACCGGUGGAACUGUACCAUAUGAUAUUGGUCUGAUCUACACGCCCACCGCCUUUGUUUGGACCGCUGCUGUGGCUCCUGUUAAGUUGCCUUCUGCCGGUGUAAGGCCAACUGGAUCAGCUAAUCUCUUCGGAUGGGGCAGCACCAGCAAAACCAACAGCCCCUCCUACCCAAAGACACUGCAGGAGGUCAAGAAUGUUCCCAUUAUAAGCCUUGACUCCUGUGCGAAGGCGCUGGGCAGCAAGGGUCAGGAUGUCCACACCACGAAUCUGUGCACGGGUCCCCUUACCGGCGGCACCAGCUUUUGUACCUCGGAUUCUGGUGGUCCUUUGGUCCAGGGGAAUGUCCUUAUCGGCAUUGUGUCUUGGGGAAAGCUUCCUUGCGGCCAACCCAAUUCUCCGUCUGUUUAUGUCCAAGUCUCCUCGUUCAUUUCCUGGAUAGCUGCCAAUCAAAGGAUUUGAUUUUUUGAUCUUAAAAAAUUAUGAAAAUAAAGAAUGAAAUUAUGAAAAUUAAAGAAA